ACAAACGCUUUCUCCCUCUCAACAUCUGACGACGACGAUGGCUAAGCAGAAGCUCAAGUCUCUUAUAACUUCUUUCACUCCUGACGGGGACUUCCUCGCAGUCUUGUACCCGAACGGUGUCGUUAAAAUAUGGAGCACAAGCAAUGGAACUCUGUUGGCAGAGUGGAAGCAGCCAGAUGGAGAUACUGUAGUUGGUUAUUCAUGUAUAGCAUGCAGUUUUGUUGGAAAGAAGCGUAGAAAGGAACGUGGUACUUGCUUAUUAGCUCUUGGCACAAGUGAAGGUGAAAUAUUGGUGAUUGAUGUUUUUACUGGAGAGACGAAGUGGAAAUCUACUGGACAUCACUCUGGUGGACUUGCUGGUCUUGCUUUUGCAAAUAAUGGCUGUAGUUUACAUGUUGUUGGAAGAAGUGGAAUGGCUUCCAAGAUGAAAUCAGAAAGUGGAGAAGUAAUAGAAGAGUUUGGAGCUUCAAAAAAGCCUAUCUCUUCUUUAGCUUUUUCAUGUGAUGAGAAAAUAUUUGCUUUAGCCAGUGAUAAGUUACGGGUUCUAAGCAUGGAAAAUGGGAAAGAGGUUCUGAAGUUUGUGUAUGAUGUGGGUCAAGUGCAGUACCUAUGUAUAUCUGAUGAUGCAAAGACCAUUGUUACAUCAGGUUCUGGGGAAAAACAUCUUCAAGUGUGGAAUUGUGAUUUCAGUUCCAAAUCUGCAAGUAGCGGUCCUGGUCUUUUGAUGCGACAUCCUCCAUUAGCUAUUCAAUGCAAGAAUAGUACAAAUGACGAAGGUAGUAAAGUCAUAUUAGCAGUUUCAGAAUCUGGUGCAGCUUAUGUUUGGAAUUUGAAGAUUAUUUCGAAAGAUGAAGAAAUAAACCCAACAAAGAUCACUGUAAAAGCUACCAAAGGUGACGCAGAUCUGCAAAACAGUGUGAAUGUGAAGAAGAGUCGCACUUCUAUUAUUGCUGCCAGAUUGACUGCUGUAGAAGCAGAUGGACAGGUGACAGCCCUUAUCAGUUAUGGUUCAAUAGAUUCUCCACAGUUUAGUCUUGUGAAAAUUAGUAACCCAGGGGAGAAUAUUGUUAUUACUGAUGGAGAUGCAACUGUAACCAUUCGAGAAAAUGGGAUUCCUACAGGGAAAGAGUCUGAAGCAGCCACCGCUUCAGCCCAAACUAAAAAAGGAAGUAAGAAACGAGCUGCAUCUGAUCCUGAUCUUGCAACCACUAGAAGUGUUGUAGAUAGUGGUCAUGGGGAGGAUAUGGAUGGAGUCAUUGAUGAUGAUCUGAAUGAGCCUACAAUGGGUGACAAACUUGCAAAUUUGAAUUUACUAGAUAAUGAUAAAUCCAAGGGCCAUGAAAUACAAGAAUCCGUUCCUGCAAAGCCUCCAAGUGCAGAUUCAGUUAAUGUUCUGCUUAAGCAAGCACUACAUGCAGAUGAUCGAGCUCUUCUCUUAGAGUGCUUAUAUAACCAAGAUAAUAAGGUUAUCGCAAAUUCAAUAUCACAGUUAAAACCAGCUGACGUUCUCAAGCUUUUACAUUCUCUUGUAUCUAUAAUUCAGUCAAGAGGUGCAGUAUUGGCAUGUGCCCUUCCGUGGCUAAAAAGUUUGCUUCUUCAACAUGCUAGCGGAAUUAUGUCCCAGGAAUCUUCAUUACUUGCCCUGAACACUUUAUACCAGCUCAUAGAAUCUAGAGUCUCAACAUUCCAAUCGGCUCUUCAAAUAUCAAGUUGCUUGGACUUCCUUUAUUCAGAGAUUGUUGAUGAAGGGUUGGAAGAGAAUGACGCCGUGAUACCUGUAAUAUACGAGGACAAGGAUACUGAUGAAGAAGAAUCUGAAGAUGCCAUGGAUACUGAUCAAGAUAAUGAAGACGAAGAAAAAGAAGACAAUGAAGAAGCUGGCGGAAUUAGCGAUUUUGAAGGGAGUGAUGGCAUGAGUGAUUGAAGGUUACCCCUAUCAAAAAAAAAAAAAAAAGAAUUGGCCU